AUACAGAAUCUGAAACCUCCCAAACAGAUGAAACCCUAGAAAAUAGCUCCUCUAAUAUGGAAGACCUGAAUUCAGAAAACCUUGUUGUAGAAAAAAAAAACAAGAAGCCUCAUCAGUUAGAACUCUUGAUAAUAGCAACAAGGAGAACAUCACAACUUAGA